AUGCCUCUCUUCUUUUGUUUUCUAUGUGUGCGCGUGCCUCAGGAAAAGGCGAACUCGAGCGAUAGUAGUGGACCCAUCUUUAACGCUGACAUAACUCGCCAGUGGCACGGUUAUGUAACCUCAAAACUCUCCUCCAACCGUGGACGCAUCUGGAUGGACAUCUCUUCACGAGUGCGCCCUCUCCUUGGCACUAUCGCUGAACAUGCUCAAGGCAUGACAUUCGAGGCAAUCGCGGCCGUGCUGAACAUUGUAAACGGCCUGGUCCGCGUUGGGGAAGAGUUUGCCGGCCACGUCUCCUCAGAUCUCUUGGAAGUUCUACGCAAUUCCAUCCAACAGUUCUUCGUGGGUUUCCACAAAAAACAUAUGGAACGUCUGCGCUUCUUCCUUGACAACGAGACUUGGGACCUAUGCCCGGUUUCAGCCAAUUUCACCCUCCUUGAUUUACAUGAAUUCCGUCACUUCUUCAAAACAUUCCAUCGCCGUGUGUCCAACAACAAUUGUGCUGAUGAAACUGAUGAAAUGUCUUCCGGCCUUACGAUGGGAGAUGGUUAUCUGAUGAAGGCAUAUAAGUUGAAAAUAGAAAUUCUGGUCUAUGUCGCUGGUUAA